CGCGCGAGCCGAGCAACGACUGACUGCCUGCGUGCCUUGUUCAUCAAUCGACGCGAUUUUAAUCGACUCGAGAGAGUUAUCGGGACGAAAGAGUCGAUGGCGGGAGCGCGAUGACGAACGGCUUUGUUCCGCAGUGCCUUUUUGUGGAUUUUACAUGGCGAUACGUAGUUCGUUGUCACAGUCAAGUAUUCGUGUGUUCUGCGAAAAAAACAAGUGCACGAAGCGGUCCAUUUUUAAAAACACCUCAUUAUGGAAUGCGCAGCAGUGACGAAUCUUGAAAGCUUUCGUCGUGGUGGCGGAAUAGCGCAGCGUGAAAAUAAACAAAAACGGAAACUUGACGAUACACUGAAGAGCCAUAUUUGCUCUCGGAUUGAAAAGGCAGCGGUGCACUGAGCAGCAGCGAGAGAGAAAGUGCGCAGUUAGAUAAGUGAAAAAUAGCGACGGAUUAACUCAGAUUUUCGGCGAAAAGCACAACCGGGCGAUUAUCGUCUUGUGACGGUGCGCGUCGUAUACACAUACGUGGACGUUCACCCUAUGCAGUAGCGUCUUCAUCUCUCUCCGACUCUCUACAGCCGCCUAAAAAUAGUGACACACAAGCGCGCAGCAGUUGCAGCAACAGCAUCGGCGGCUUCUUCGUCGUCGAUUUCAUCUUUUUUCUGCGGACGUUUUAACGGACUUCGGUGCAGAGCUGAGAGCGCGCGCGUGUGUGUUUUUGUGCGUGUAUGAGCGGACCUGAAAACGCGACGCUAGCGGGAUGCAAAUAAAGAGGAAGACGAUGCCGGAGUGAGAUUGCAUUCCAGAUUCGCGCUUGUAUUUUCCGGAUGUGCAGUUUUGCACUUGGACUUGGGCGCGAGGAUGGCGUGAGCCAUGAAUAACCCCGAACAUCAGAGCCAUUGAAUCGGGUCAUUGCUAUGACCAGUAUGUUACGUUUGGAGAUAGUAGGUGUCCUGCUACUGAGCUGUACGCAGAUUCUUUCGGAGAAUCGUGACUUUUACGGGUCGCGCAAACAGUAUGGAGGUCAUCGAGGCGGCUUCGGAAACGAUCGAAGCCAUCACGGCUCGAGAACGCGUGAGAUAGAAGUCAAGUAUGGACGUCUCAGGGGUAUGGUCGUGCAGCCCAGGGCUGACAGCUCGCAGCUCGUCGACGUCUUUCUUGGAGUGCCUUACGCCGAGCCUCCCGUGGGUCCGCAUCGCUUCGAGCCGCCGACGACGCAGACGCCCUGGACUGGUGUGCGACAUUUCGUCAGCUUCGCCCCCGUCUGCCCUCAGAAGCCGCCCCAACUGGAGGAAGAAGUCGAUCCGGCGCGACAUCAGUACCUAGAGCGCUUGCUGCCUUUCCUUCAGGACCAGAGCGAGGAUUGCCUUUAUUUGAACAUCUACGCGCCGCAUCAGGAUAACAGUCAGAGAAACAACUUGGAGAAGUUUCCGGUGAUGGUGUUCAUCCACGGGGAGAGCUACGAGUGGAACAGCGGAAACCCAUACAACGGCAGCGUUCUAGCGGCUUACGGCAACGUCGUUUUCGUCACUGUCAACUUUCGACUGGGUAUUUUAGGUUUCCUACGGCCCGGCAAGAGGGACAACACCGCGAGCAACUUCGGCCUGCUCGACCAGAUAGCCGCACUCGCCUGGCUCCAGGAGAACAUCGGCCAUUUCGGCGGGGACCCGAGCAGCGUGACCCUAGUCGGCCACGGUACCGGAGCCGUCUUCGUCAAUUUACUGCUGCUUAGCCCUAUUACAGACGGUAUGUUCAAGCGAGCCGUUCUCAUGUCCGGCUCUGCCCUUAAUCCAGACGCGAUUGGCAAAGCUCCUCUGCAAAUAACGGAACAGGUUGCACAUGCCCUGAACUGUCCGCAGAGCAACGACGACGAGCUGGCCGCGUGCCUGAAGAUCCGGCCGGUUGAGAAGCUGCUCUCGGUGAAGCUGUACCCGCCGAAAUACGUGCCGGCGUUCGCGCCCCUCAUCGACUCGGCUGUCAUAUCCGACAAGCCGGUCAACUUGAUGAAGAAUGCCGAACGUCUCGCCAGGUUCGACCUCAUGUACGGCGUGACGGAAUUGGAGAAAUUCCACGCACUGCCGGGAGUGGCGCUACUCGAGGGACUGUCCAACUCCGCCCGGGACGAAUUCAUCCGCGACAGCGUCAAGGCGACCCACGAGCUCGAGCCCGAUCUGAUUCUGCGAAAAGUUCUCGAGCACUACAAAGGGACGAAGCGCAGGCAGAGCCGCUCGACGAGCGGAGCGGAGUACCAGCGCAAUCGCGAUCUCGCUCUCGAGGUCGUCUCCGACAGCGGGGUCGUCGCGCCCCUAAUAGCCACGGGGAACCUCCACUCAAGGGCCAAUCCCAAGAGCUACAUGUACGUUUUCUCGCACACGAGAUCCAUCAGGGACGACUCCGAGAUGAACCAACAGAUCCGGCGCACAGUGCACGGCGAGGAACUGCCUUACGUCCUGGGCGUGCCUCUGGGCGGCGAGGGAUAUCACCUGAACGGACCAUACGAUAAGGGCGAGGAGCUCCUGUCAAAGGAUAUUAUGGACUGGUGGUGCAAUUUCGCCUAUUACGGGAAUCCGAACAACCUGCGACCGCCGCCCCGUCGGCUGUCUCACCUAAGGGACGAGUACAAGCCCAGCUCCUCGAGGUACCACAUCGACUGGCCUGAGUACGACCCCGAGAACCAGACGUACUUUAAUCUGACAACGCCACCGCAGCUGGGUCGGCGUUAUCGCGCCGCGGAAAUGGACUUCUGGAACGAGGCGAUUCCGAGGCUGCUGCGCAGACCCAAGCCGGGAAGCGACGCCGCCACCAGCAGGAGGCCCCGACCCGGUCUCCUCGACGCCUUCGACCACGACUACGCCAACGGGAGCUUCGCUACGUCGCCGCCCGCGCCCCCGGCCAAUGUCGCCAGGGAUAACUCGAGCAGAGCUGCCGGACAGAUGCCCGAGCCGCCGUCGAAUCUCGGGGACGGCGAGCCCGAUAAGCCCGAUAAAUCCGACAGCGACGACAAUGGCAGAGGCGGCUCACUGAAGAACACCUCGGCCGUCUCUCUGGUAAUUGGCUUUGGCGUCGUCUUCCUCCUGAUCAACGCCACGGUAUUUGUCUACCUCUAUCACAAGCGCCAGCGGAUGCAGAAAAAAGCUUCUGGCAGCGGCAACCCUCCGGGCCCAACCUCCAGUGCGUCCAUCAACUCUGGAGGUGGGCUGGCUCAAGACGCCGCCGCUGUCGCGCUGGCCAAGAAGUCCAAGGGCAGAGAUCGAGAACUGGGCUACUGUAACAGCGCCAGCAAGCCCGACAUCAGGGAGCUUAUCAAGAACGACAAGGCUUACGACAACAACUCGAACUUCGGCAGAAGGUCCCGGGAAAAUUCGUCCUCCACCAUAGACACCAGGAUCAAGGUCAGGGAAUGGAUCCAGCAGGAAAUCGUGCAAAGAUGCUCGCCGCGUUUCCUGCGCAAGACCCGCGAGACGCUGCAGCGGGAGCACCGCGAGAAACUCAUGAAGCAACAACAGCACAAGAAGCAGCAGCACCACCUCGACGUGCCGUCCAGCCACGAGGAGGCGGAGGAGGAGUUGCGUCAGCGUAGGCUCGACGAGGCUGCCCUCUACGAGGAGAGCCGUCAGAUCCGUGUGCGACCAGGUGUUCGCGGAGCCAGGGAGAAGCCGGGCAAAGUUUCCGUCGCGGUGGACGCAACCCCGGCCACCCGCACCGACUCCGUCCUCAAUCAAAUACCUAUCGAGCUCGCGAGGAGCGCUCCUGGAGCUUCGAGCGAGUAUCUCAACUCCUUCGAGGAUGCGGGGACCAUUCUCGGGACGUCCGAGUACUGCGAGCCGGCCGAGUUCCAGCCCGACGAACUUCGCGAGGCAAGGAGAGAGAAAGAAGCAAGAGAAGGCCCCAGCAUAGUGGUCAUCGAGCAUCAUCAUUCCAGAAGUGAUCCCCUACCGAUGGACAAGCUUCCGAGCGGCAGCGCAGCUAAAGCCAUUUCCACGGCAGCGAGAAUAAACGAAUCGGAUUCCGGCAGCGCCAGCAGCCUCUACGCGAAAAUCAAUCCUAGGAUGAAGUCCCGGCUCCCCGUGCAUCAGCAGGUUCAACAAAAACAUUUGCAGCCGACAGACGUCGAGGUGAGGAGCCAGCGGCAGCAGCCGGCGCUGAUGGCCGCGGGCGGCUCGACGACGCUCCCGCGAUUGCUCACUUUCGGCUCUCCGCCCGCGGCCCCUUUUCAUUCAGCCGACGUGAACGUAACCAACCGCGAGGAGAACGUAACGACGAGUCCCGCCACGUCGUCUGAGACAGCAGCGGCGGCAGCGAGUAGUAGUCACGAGGAGGCCCUCAGGACGAUCAGACGGCGCAAUUACCCGAAGGUGCUGCCGGACAUCGAGAAGCGUAGGUCUCUACCGCCCAAUGCCUCCUUCGUCAUCGGCACGAGUGUCGCCGCGAGCCCGAAGCAUAUGCCACCGCCCCAGGGCCAUCAUCGACAGCCGCUGUCGCCGCCGUCGCCGCCGCCGAGAAUAUACGGCACCUCGAGAAGCCUGGACUGCGUGGAGGAUCGCGACGAGAACGAGGAAGAGGACGACUCGCCGAUUCUCGCUGUGACGACGAAUCUGCACGUGGGUCCGCUGCGCAAAAAGACGGAUUCGCCGAAGAAUCAGUCGGUGCCGAGUCUCGCCGAGGCCUCUGAUGACAGCCGCAGCAAUUCCCAGAUGCAUCACAAACACUCGCUGUCCAGUGCCACGAGUCUUCCAGUCUGUCCGGUUCACGGGGCUCAAAGAGAACCUCUGCUCAUCCCUGGGGCUAGGAGCGAGCCGAGAAUAGUCAUCACGCCGAGGAUCGAGUGCAAUCAGGAAUCGCAGACGACAAAGGAGGAGGCAGCGUUUGGCAGCAUCGAUCAACUGGACUACCCGCGGCCACGACACAUCCCAGAACGCGGUAACGCGAAGUUGCCACGCAUCAUUAUCAAGCCCACGUCGCCUCCGAACAGCGGUGGCGCAGGUACUCAGCCCCGCCAGUGUAAACCCAACGUCGUCGUGCCGAUGACUAACCAACUUCACAACAACGAGACGUACCAGCGGCUGCUGGCUCGUCGAGAGAAAAUGCCGCUACCAGACGAAGCCGUCUCUACUCGCAUACCGUUGAUCAGACGCGCAGGGGUCGACGCGGCGGUCACGAAGCUCUGAGAGCGACAUCAAAGGAGCGGCAUCUUCUUCUACUUCUUUUACGAGCGGAGAAUCGACUGGACCGACUUUGACUUUUGUUAUUUCCUCUUUUUUGCGCCGAACUUUGUGUCGAGCUUAUAGCUAUAUAGGCUGCAGCCGCGAUGACAUUGUUAGGGACUCGUUACCCUUUGCAUGUGCGCUGUGGCGCUCGCGCGCGUGUACUCUCUCCAUGGCUUUAGUCGACGAUAAUGGAAACAUCCAGGGAUUCUUUCGUUUUGCCCGCCCUCCUACGUCGGACUUUGCUUUGUGUUGCGAGCCAAUUUUGAUUGAUUCGCCCGCGUAUAGGGCGUGGGAAAUAUGCAGUGAGCCGAUAUUCCAGGUGCUCUCGAGCAUUGACCGGGGACGGGAUCGGACCGGGCGAGUUUUUACUUUGCUCGAGUAUCCGACCAUCGAUUGAUCCGUCGCUCUGUUAUACUGCCGACGCGCGCUGCACACGCUUGUACGCGAGAGAGAUGGAACAUUUCGCUCCGCCGCGAUGAGCGUGAAAUAUUAUAUGCCGUUAGCGUAGUUUUACUAGUUAAUUUACUCUCUUGAGUGGGGAGCAACAAAUAAACGUAUAGGCUUUAUAGUGAAUUUUUCGAAGAGUCUUUUUGUAAUUCGUACUCUUUUCUACUUUCUCUACGCACGAUGACUUUUCUAAGCUAGUUUAAAUAACAGACUGAUAUAAUAUACUACUUAUGCACAUGUACAUAUACAUUGAAAACCAAAGUUAUUGCUGCGCACCUGAUUUCUGUAAUCUCUUUCAUGCACAAUGCGCCCUGAUUAUAUUUAGUUAUUCUUCAUACAAACAGUGGCGGGAAAAAGUUUCGGUCAUCUCGCUAGUGUAAAUGUGGGGAUUUCGUUGUACAAUAAAUAUUUAGGAGCUGUUUUCAAGAUACGCCGUAAAUUUUCAUUUUAAUUCUAAUGGAAAUGUCCGUCUCAGCAUCAAUACGCGCCAUUUUUAGACGGGCGAAUGCUGUCCUUUAUUAUAGUAUGAAAUUUAUGUAAAUAGGCGAGUCAAUCGAAAAAUAAGGAGAAUUCCACUCCCAAUGCGGCUUCGUAUGAUGUAUGCAUGCGACAUAUACAUGUACGCCGCGUAUGUGCGCACUGAAUAUUGUACAUUCGAGUCUGCCGUUAACGCACUCUCGUAGGCGCCAUUUGUAUACUCUUUCUCCCUGGACAUUGAAUAAAAGACAUUUUGUACUUCAA